UCCAAAAUAGUACAUGUAUUGAGAAUAUCUUUGACAUGUAAUAGUAGUCUCCAAAAUAGUACACGGGAUGGAACAGUCUUUGAUAUGCAUUAGUAGUCUCCUAAAUAGUACAUGGACUGGAAAUGUCUUUGACAUUUAAUAGUAGUCUCCAAAAUAGUACACGCGCUGGGACAGUCUUUGAUAUGCAAUAGUAGUCUCCUAAAUAGUACACGGACUGGAAAUUUCUUUGACAUGUAUUGGUAGUCUCCAAAUUAGUACACGCACUGGGACAGUCUUUGAUAUGCAAUAGUAGUCUCCUAAAUAGUACACGGGCUGGGACUGUCUUUGACAUGUAGUAGUCUCCACAAUAGUAGAAUACCUGUGUGGUCCUUGUCUGACGCCAUAUAACCGUAAAUACAUUGUGUUGAGUGCAUCGUUAAAUAAAAGAUUCCCUGCCUUCCUUCCAAAAUAGUACACGGACUGGGACUGUGUUUGAUAUGAAAUAGUAGUCUCUAAAAUAGUACACAGGCUAGAACGUCUUUCAUACUCCUGGGCUGGGGCUGUUUGACACACCUGUUUGUCACUGGAACUGGAUUAUUUUACAUACCUUAGGUUCUGGGAACGGGCAUUUUGUUCAAGUCAUUUAUCCAUUUACUGGUUCUGUUUCAGUACGUCUGUUCAUCCUACAACUUUGAAGAUACAUCAGUAAAUGUUCAUUUCAGUUGAUGUUAAUCAGAUGAAAACGAUAAAUGUCCUCUGUCUAAAAAAUAUGUCUAACAGCGACAGUAGAUGUGUCGAAUGUGAGGUCUCGUCAAAACAUUGUGAAAACAUCCCUGAUCACGAAAAACAAACAACAUAUUCUUGUGACAAGCCUUUCAAAUGUGGGAUAUGUUUAAAGUGUUUCUCUCACAAGUGUCACAUUAUGCAGCAUAUGAGGAUCCACACUGGUGAACGAUCAUAUCAGUGUGAGGUGUGUUGGAAGAGUUGUCAUCGGAAUAAGGACUUGAAACAGCAUAUGCUGAUUCACACUGGAGCUCUGAAAUUCAAAUGUGAGGUGUGUGCAAAAUGCUUCUCACGUAAUACUAACUUAAAACAACAUAUGUCGGUUCACACUGGUGUUAGGAAUUUCAAAUGUGAAGUAUGUGCAAAAUGUUUCUCACGCAAUACGCACUUGAAAGAACAUAUGUUGGUUCACACUGGUGUUACGAAUUUCAAAUGUGAGGUAUGUGCAAAAUGUUUCUCAAGUAAUCCUAACUUGAAACAACAUAUGUUGGUUCACACUGGUGUUAAGACUUUCAAAUGUGAGGUAUGUGCAAAACGCUUCUCACAAAAUACUAACUUAAAACAACACAUGUUGGUUCACACUGGUGUUAAGAAUUUCAAAUGUGAGGUAUGUGCAAAAUGUUUCUCAUAUAACACAGACGUGAAGAAACAUAUGUUGGUUCACACUGGAGUUAGGAAUUUCGAAUGUGAGGUAUGUGCAAAAUGUUUCUCAAGUAAUCCUAACUUGAAACAACAUAUGUUGGUUCACACUGGUGUUAAGACUUUCAAAUGUGAGGUAUGUGCAAAACGCUUCUCACAAAAUACUAACUUAAAACAACACAUGUUGGUUCACACUGGUGUUAAGAAUUUCAAAUGUGAGGUAUGUGCAAAAUGUUUCUCAUAUAACACAGACGUGAAGAAACAUAUGUUGGUUCACACUGGAGUUAGGAAUUUCGAAUGUGAGGUAUGUGCAAAAUGUUUCUCAAGUAAUUGUAACUUGAAACGACACAUGUUGGUUCACACUGGUGUUAAGAAUUUCAAAUGUGAGGUAUGUGCAAAAUGUUUCUCACAAAACACAGACGUGAAGAAACAUAUGUUGGUUCACACUGGAGUUAGGAAUUUCAAAUGUGAGGUAUGUGCAAAAUGUUUCUCUCACAAUACCCACUUGAAACGUCAUAUGUUGAUUCACACAGAUAAUAAACCUCUAACGGUUAUCAGCUGAAACGCUGUCUGUUAAUCCAUGUAAAUGAGAAACUUUUAACACGUUGAAAAUGCACAGACUGAUUUAACAUACAACACCAUCUUGAAGUGCCUCCUUUCUGUUCAUAUUAAUUACAGAGGUGUGUAGCUCAGUAGUAGUGUGAUGGGUCGUGAGAUCAGCCUACUGUCUGUUCAUAUUAAUUUAAGAGGUGUGUAUCUCAGUAGUAGUGUGAUGGGUCAUGGGAUCAACACUCGUCAAACUGGUUUAACAUACAACACCAUCUUGAAGUGCAUCCUCUCUUUUCAUAUUAAUUAGAGAGGUGUGUAGCUCAACAGAAGUGUGAUGGAUCAUGGGAUCAACACUCGAGUCGAGAUCUCUUCAUAUUAGUCAGACCUAUUUCAGGUUUUAACAAACGACUCCACCUUUCAUGUUAAUUAGACAGAUGUGUAGCUCAGUAGUAGUG